AUGGAGACUUAGAUAUUGGCUACUGCAAUUUCGAACGAGAAUCUCUUCUCUGAUGUUUAUGACGACUAUUUUGAUUUAGACUUAAGAGUGAUCGGAAUUUGUUCAGUAAACAGAGAAGAAUGGCUAAUUACAGAUCUUGCUGCGAAUCUUUUAGGCUUUACGACUGUAGCUUUAUACGAAACACUUGGCAAACAAAUGCUGAGCUUGAUUUUAGAGUAAACUGAGUUGACAACAUUGUUUGGAUCUGCUUAGUCACUAACAAAUAUCUUGAAAAUUUUAUUAGUGAUCGAAAGUAAAAGUUAAUUGAAAUCAUCUCAUGAAAUUGAUGGGUCAUCUCAGGAACCUGUUUACAAUAGAUUCUUGAAAUAAAUAGUAUGCUUUGAUAUUGAUCCUUCCCCUUAACUUAUCCAAACAGCGUAAGAAAUGGGUAUUAAAGUUUUAAGUUAUCGAUAACUGAUACAAGACUAUGGUUCAAACUUUAAUUUGACAUAAAUUAUAGAUCAUUAAGGUCUACAGAAUAAUAGAGGCAAUAUUUUUACUAUAAGCUAUACUAGCGGGACAGAGAAAAAUAGUAAAGGUGUCAUGAUCUCAAAUGAAAAUUUCCUAAGUGCUAUUACAAAUAUCCUAAAUGUAGCUGCUGAUUUCCCUUUUACAAAGGAUGAUAUAUACAUUAGCUAUCUUCCUCUAGCUCAUGUUUUUGAUAGACUUGGUUGCUACGCUUCUUUGUCAGUGGGAGCUUGUGUUGGCUUUUUCGGAGGCAAUUUACUUAAAAUCAUAGAUGAUCUAUAAAUAUUGAAGCCAACUAUAUUCCCUUCAGUACCGAGAUUGCUUAAUAAAGUUUAUGAUAGAAUUUAGCAAGGAUUAUCUUAAUAGUCAUUUGUAAAAAGAAUGAUAUUUUAAAGAGGUCUUUCUUCUAAAUAAUUCUAUCUUCAAUAGUCAGGUGCAGUAAAUCAUGAAAUGUAUGAUAGGAUGUUAUUCAACAAAAUUAAAGAUAGACUCGGUGGUAGAGUAAGAAUUAUGAUUACUGCAUCAGCUCCUAUAGCAGAUAAUGUAUUGGCUUUUUUGAAAUGUGCAUUUUGUUGUCCAAUUAUAGAAGCAUAUGGUCAAACUGAAAGUUGUGGCUCAUCUUUUUCAACGAAAAUAUUCGAUAAUUAGACUGGGCAUGUUGGUGGACCAGCUUUAGGAAUAGAGUACAAACUAUAAGAUAUUGAGGAACUAGGAUAUACAUCAAAUUCUUAACCAUAUCCUCAAGGUGAAGUAUUGCUCAGAGGACCUUCUGUAUUUGUUGGUUAUUUCAAAAAUCCCGAGUUAACAAAUGAAAUUUUAGAUUAAGAUGGUUGGCUCAAAACUGGUGAUGUCGGUAUGAUUUUACCUGGUAAUGCAUUGAAAAUAAUUGAUAGAGCGAGAAAUAUUUUCAAACUUUCACAAGGAGAAUACAUUGUGACUGAAAAAUUAGAGAGAGCUUAUGAGUAAUCUAGCUACGUCGCAUAGAUAUUUAUUUAUGGAGACUCAUAUAAAUCUCAUAUUGUUUCAGUAGUAGUGCCAGAAUUAACUACUUUGAAAUAAUGGUAAGAAGUUAAUUAGAUAGGCAACAAAAAUGACUCUCUCAUUGAAUUAGUUUAGUAUAAUGAGGUAAGAGAGCUAAUUAAAAAUGAUCUCUAAAGAAUUGCUAUUGAGAAUGGAUUUAAUGGGUUGGAACAGAUCAGAAACAAUUUCAGACUAGUAGACAAGGAGUUUGAGAUAGGAGUGGUAUUAACUCCUACUAUGAAGUUAAGAAGAUAGUAAGCCAAAGAAGUAUAUCAAUAUCUUAUUGAUGAGAUGUAUAUAUAAACAGGGGCUAUUGAAACUGUAUGA